AUGAGCAAUUCUUCAAAUACACUCGAUAAAUAUUUUUUUUCAACUGAGCCUUAUGAACCAAAUACAAAUAAUAAUCCUAAAUCAUCUAAAAAAAAUGAUGAUAAAACACAUACACGAUCCGAUUGGGAUUCAAGAUGGAUUAAGGAGCAUUCUACUAGUAUCUUUGUUGUAGGUACAAAAAAAUUUAAAAAAGAUUAUUUAGAUAAACAUAUUGAAAUUAAAGAACAUCAAAAAGCUCUAGAUUUAAUGAGUAGUUUUACAGUACAAGCUGGAGUUAAUAAAUUAGAUAUAAUUGCUAAAAUGCGUUGUAUAUAUCUAUGUGCAAAAAGGCAUCUUGCAGUUGAAGCAUUUCCAGAUUUAAUAGAACUAACCAAUUUACAAGUUCAAAAUCAAAUCAAAUUAGUAUAUGACAAAUCUCCAAUUACCGUUGCACCUCCUAUCUUUGGUCCUAAGAGAAUUUUUUUAAAUACUGCAUCUGAACCAUCUUUAAAUAACCAGUUAUUAAAUUAUGCAACAUAUGAUAAUCCAAAAGCAGGAGCUGAGUUUUUACAUGCUAUUGCAGUAGUAAUUGAAGAAGAUAUUUUAGCUGAAGUUCGAAAAUCUCCAUCAUGGAGUAUAUUAAUUGAUGAGAGUAAUACAAUAACGCAUGAUAAAACAUGUGCUAUUGUUAGCAAACAUAUUGUAGAAAAUAUACCAGUACUUCGGUAUUUAGGAUUAAUUGAACUAGAUGAAACAAAUGCAGAGGCUAUAUGA